AUGACGACUCCUACUUCCCUCACGCUUGUCGGCGCUACAGGUCUCACGGGAUCGCGCACCCUCAAGUCCCUCCUCGCCUCGCCCCAGGCAUUCAACAUCACCACCAUCACCCGCCGUGCGACCGAGAACAGUGCGCCAGCCAACCCGUUGACCAAGGUCACUUCCCGCCUCUUCCCCUCUCUCUUUGACGCUCCCGCCGACAAGGAGCGAUUGGUGGAGAGCGGGGGUGUGUACGUUUCGUGCUUGGGCACGACUCGUGCGGCUGCGGGGGGUACUGCCGGGCAGGAAAAGAUUGAUUUGGUGCUCAACCGCGACUUGGCCAAACGAGCCAAGGAGGACGGUGCUUCCACUAUCAUCCUCGUCUCCUCUGUCGGCGCAUCCCCCGAUUCUCGCAUGUUCUACCCUCGUAUCAAAGGUCAACUCGAAGCCGACGUCAAAGCCCUCGCUUUCGACCGUACCGUCAUUCUCCGACCUGCUACCCUUCUCGGCGCCAGGACCGAGUCCAGGCCAAUGGAGUAUAUCGCGCAGAACCUCUUUAAGGGCUUGAGGAAGGUUGGUUUGCCCAUGGAUAGUCUGGCUAUUGAUGCUGAAGAUGUUGGAGCUUGUAUCGCGCAUCUCGCUGCCAACCCGUCGACCGAGAAAUUGCUUGUAAUCGAUGGUCACGAGAUCAUCGCCAACGCCAAAUUGUACCGCGCCGCACAGUCGACAUCUGCCUAG